CGACAAAAUGUAUCUAAAGUAUUAAAAGUAAAAGCACUCGUGCAGAAAAAUGGCCCAUGUGAGUGAUAUAUUAAUCGAUACUAUUAGAUUGUUAAUACUGAUGCAACAAUGCAUGUCUCAUAUCAUUCUUUAUGGAAAAUAUAAAUAUGAAAAGUAGCUGUAGCUCUGAAAUACUGUAGUAAAGUAAAAAGUACAAUAUUUCCCUCCCAAAUUUUUAAAGAGCAUGAAAUAGAAAUACUCAAGUAAAGUAUGAGGACCCCAAACUGUAUAGAAGUACAAUUAAGUUAAGUUCCACAACUGGUAUUUAUUGUGGUGUAUAUGUAACAGUUAGUAAGGAUGUGAAAUAUCUAACUGCACUAAAUGAUCUUGAUUUCCUUCAGCUGGAAGUGGGUGGUGAGUUUAAUUCUCUGGAGGAAUUUCAAGACAAACUUUUGAAAUGCCAACCUCCAGGAACAUUCUCUAUAAUGGUGCACAGUUAAAUGUGUCCUACGCAUCCAAAAGUGCAGUUUUGCCAGUCUCAAGCACAGUAACUUUCCAGGAAGUCACUCACAGCUUCGCUGAAUGAGGGCGUGGCUCCCUCUACUGGAGGAAGAGUGGAAAUGAUGAGUUGGGCAGGUGCGUAAAAGCAGCAAAUAGAACUAACUUCAAACUUUGACUAUAUACAAAAUAUAUUGCAAAUUCUUUAAUCAAGAAUUGUGAGGUUUGCAGAAACUGCAAACAUCAGUUGAGCUCAUACACAACUAAAAAUGAUUAUAUUUUAUCCCUGAUUAGAUUAAAAUAUCCUUCUGUAUUCGUAUUAUUAUUUUUUAUAUAUUGACCAACACACAAUGUUUCCAGCUCCAACAUAACCCUGAACUGGUGGACCAUUAGGAAAUAGUCGUAAAGAUGGAUGAGUCAAGACGUGUCACCAAAAAUAAGAGUCCUGUUGUCUGACCAAGAGUAUCGGGAUAAACAGACAGAGGUGGAAGUGGCCCUUCCGCUGCAGCAAACCCGCACAUCUGCUUUGGGGGCGAGUUUCUUUUUUUUACGCAAAGGAUGUGAGCAGGAGUGGCACUCAGGGGGCUUUAAAUAGGAACUGUCUCCAAACUUUGGGACAACAGAGCAUCUGAAAACUCCCAGCAGCUCUCAGUGGAAAGCACCGGUUUUGCUCCAGGAUGGACGUCAACAGGAGACUGGGGAUGAGGGACACUGUGCUGGCGCUCUUACUCGCUGUCCUUCAGGGAUUUCCUCUCGGGGAAACGGCCCCGAAUCCAUCCCCGCUGGUGGGAUCCAACUGGGGGAACCCGAGGAGAUACAUUCACCUGCAGACAUCCACAGACCUCAACAACUUCUACUUGGAGAUCAGAUUAGAUGGCACUGUGCGCAAAACUACAGUCAGGAGUUCAUAUAGUGUGAUUUUACUGAAAGCUGAAACAAGGGAGCGCAUCGCCAUCCUCGGGGUGAAAAGCAGCCGUUUCCUGUGUAUGGAUUUGGAAGGCAACCCGUUCAGCUCUCCCAUCUGCCUCAGAGACGACUGUCUCUUCAACCACAAGCUUCUGGAGAACAACCGGGACGUGUACUACUCCAGCCGCACCGGUAUCCUGUUCAACCUGGAGGGCUCCCGGCAGGUGUACUCAGCGGGUCAGAACCUGCCGCAGACCUCCCUCUUCCUGCCCAAGAAGAACACGGUGCCGCUGGAGCGCCUCCUGCUGCACAGGGAGAAGAGGAACCAGGUGGUGGAUCCCUCCGACCCGCACAACGUCUACCUGGGUCAGACAGAGGAAGGCUCGGACUCCCGGGCCGUGCCGGAGGACGACGCAGAGCUGGAGUUGGAGGUGGAGGCAGGGGACGACGGACGCAACGUGUCCCGGGAGACGCCGCUGGCUCCGUCUACCCACGACCCUUGGAACGUGCAUUCGUCCAACCCAGCCAGCCCUCGGACCUCCGGGACCAUGGGGUGACUGCGAAGUGUGGGCGCUCCUUUUACCUUACUAUAAGUGAGUUCAACUUUAAGCUGGUAGUUUAUCAUCAUACGAGACAAAAAACAUAAAACAUCACAAGUUAUUUUUGAAAAAAACUGAAAGGAGAGCAUUCACGUUGCUCCUUCUUUUCACACUGUCUUAAUUACAAUGUGUUUUCUGCCAUCAAUCGUUCAGAGAAACAGUGUGUUUAUACACUGAAUGUACAAAAUAUUAGACUUGACUUGCAGCCCCUUUUGCACAAUCCAUAUUGUCUGAAAGCCCAAAACUCUUCUGCUUCUGUUUGAACAUCUCGUGCUCUGAGAUCAUAGGUAUAAUAAGUUAAAUCAAUAAUGGAUGUGUUUUACCUGGAUUUUACUCAUCAAUGAUGAAUAUUUUGUACAUUCUGAAGCAGGUUUGGUGAUUAAUGGAGGAUAUGUUACUUCACCACAUCAAAAAAUGCUGUUAUGAGAAAUCUGGUAACUUUUAACAAAUUAGUUGUUUAAAUGCCAAGAUGAAUGAUCCAAAUCCAUUUCCCAUCUCAAUCCUUUAUAAUCAGCAUGCAUACAUUGUCUUUGUUUCUCUGUGGUCUCUUCUCAUUGAGGUUUUUACAGCUGGUCUGAGAAACCCACAUUUCAGUGACAUCGAUUUUAUCUCAAAAGACAGAAGCCCGACUUAGCCUACCUCUGGAGGACUGAAGGCCCUGUCUAACUGAUGUGAAACUAGGCAGGCAUGAUUUCAAACAAAAAAAUAUAUGCAUGAAUAUAACCAAGAGAUGCAUUUAGUAGAGUUAAGAUGAAGUUCUGCCUGUAUUUUGAAGUCCUAAGUUUACUGACUUGGAUAUAGAAGAUUUGAAGUUAGUUUAGUGUUAGAUUUUGAACCUAAAAAACAGUCGUUCCAAGAACUACAUAUCACUACAAUCACUUCCAGUAUCCGAUAUAUUUGUAUUUUUUUCCAC